CAAGUCGAAGGUGCAAAGUUCAUCUUCGAGCCUCGUACUGUGCUUCGCAUGGGGCUUCUCGUGCUCGCUGCGUUAGAUUGGAGGCUUCGUGCCGUGACUCCCUUCACCUUCAUCAACUUCUUUGCUCUCCAGGUUGAUCCAUCGAGUAAAAGAGCAAAACCCUUAGUUUCUAAGGCUGCACAAAUCAUAUUAUCUUCGAUGCAGGAGAUCGACAUCACGAGUCAUUCCCCAUCGGCACUCGCAGUUGCUGUUAUAAUCUGUGCAGUCAACGAGACGCAAGAUCUAGCCAUUGUUGCUCCUACGAUCGCAGCAUCGUGGUUCACUGGGCUAACAGAGGAGAGGAUUUCAAAUUGCUACCGAACGUUAUGAAGAGUUGUUGUAGAAAGAAGGCUCAGAAAGGGUGGAGUAACUAGUCCGGCCAAAAGGGACUCAGGAACCUCAUCGUCUUCCUCCUCGUCUCUACCAAACAAGAGAAGGAAGCAUAGAAGCCACAAUAACUGAUGACAGGUUCUAGAUCUCACACUGAUCCAUUGCUUCUGGUCUGGUCAAGCUGCUCUGCUCUGCUCUGCCAUUGAUGA